AUGCACACUUCUGCGCCUCGCGCUCCCGGCGUCCGGGAGGCGCGUGGGCCCCGUGUGCCGCCGCCCUACGAAGCUUUUAAUUACGGGGACGAGCCCUCCCGUGCGGUGCCUCGCGACAUCUUGCCGCUGCCGCGGCCGGCGGUGGAGCGGUAUCGGGGUACCGACGGGGGGCUCUCCCGUGCCGUCCGACAGCGUCUGGGGAAGCGCGAGAGUUUUGAGAUGGACUGUGACCGUGCCGUCCACGCCUUGAACUCGCUCUAUCUUCACCAGGACCAGCCCCCCGUCGGCGAGGGCGCCGACCGUGCAGUUUUUGUUUCGCUGGGCCAGCGCCACUGUCACGAUAGAGUUCGGGACUCCGUCGUUGCUCUCGGCCCGCCUCCGCCGGAGGUCACUCCCGCAGAAGCUCUUCGGAAGCUUCGCGUGGCGAGCUGGUAUGAUGUGGAUUCUGCCGUGCUCGGUUCCUAUAACCUCGCUAGCGUCUCGCUCCCCUCUGGCUCGCCCGCGCCGGUGCCGCUCGAGGAUCUGUGGGGCGUGGGCGGGUCGGACAUGAUUAGGGACUUCGUCCAAAGCCGAUUGCUACCGUCUAGUGAGGUAGAAACUCGUUUGAAAAAUUCUCAGGUGGCGGUGCCAUAUAGUGAUCCGAAGCUGCGUCGGGUCGCGGCCUUUGAGGAGUUCAUCCGUGCACUGCAGCAGCGUGGCAUGGUAGAUUUCAGCUUCUCGGCCAAGGAAAGGGUUGAAGCUUUUUUCGUGCACGAGAAAAAUGGGAAGCUCCGGCUGGUAGUGGACUGUCGUAGAAGCAACUGUCAUUUCCAGGACCCCGCCCCCGUUUCCCUCCUCACCGGCGAAGGCCUGGCUGGGCUGGAGCUCGGCGAGGGAGAGGAGUUGCAUGUUGGCGGGGCCGAUUUGUCUGACGCUUUUUAUCAUAUGCAGUUGCCUCCCGAUUUGAGGCCGUUUUUCUGUUUCAGGGCCGUGCGGGCGGGGGCGGUGGGGUGUGCUAGUGUCAAUGGGCAAGCCGUUCCUCCGUCAGCCAUGGUCUACCCUCGACUGUCUGUGAUACCGAUGGGCUGGAGCUGGGCCCUGUGGAUGUGUCAAACGGUCCAUGAACGUAUUGUGGAACAAGCCGGAGCUUCCCCCGAGAACCGCAUUGUAGAUAAGCAGGCGACGCCGGACCUUCAUCGCGCGUGCCAUUCGCAGUAUGUGGACAACUUCAUCGCCGUGUCUACUGACGCCAGUGCUGUUCGCUCUCUCGUUGCCGAUGCUAUUCGUGCUCUUGAAGGGCGGGGACUCGUCGUACAUGAGGAGGAGUAUUCUGGGGGGGACAAGGUGGCCCAGGUUUCGGGGUGGCAGAUCGACGGGUCCCGGGGCCGCGCGGCUGCCACCCCUCUCCGCCUCUGGAGGGCCCGCCUGGCUAUUCGGGCGGUCCUCCGGAGGGGGCGGUGCUCUGGGCGUGACCUGGAGCGGCUCCUGGGGCAUCUCGUCUUCCUCUCCCUGGUCCGCCGGGAGGGGUUAUCGCUGUUCUGGUCGUGCUAUGCCUUCGUCAGGAAGAAUUACACCCAGGAGGAGCGUCUGUGGGCUUCGGUACGUCGCGAGCUCUCACUCUGGGAUGGGCUUGCACCUCUCCUCUGGCGGGACCUACGGGCGGGCUGGAGCGACGAGGUGGUGGCCGUCGAUGCUAGUGAGUGGGGGCUGGGGGCGUGCGCCGCACAGUGUGGGGGCUCUCUUGCCCGGAGCGUCGGCCGGACCUCGGAGCGUUGGCGCUGGGGUCGGGUCGGCGCUGCCAUGGGACCUCGUCGCCACGCGCUGGACCACGCUCGAAAGGCCGAGGCGGCGGCGGCCCUGGCGGGGGAGGCCCGCGAGGCUGCCCCCUGGAUCGCCGCCGCCAACGACGUCCCAGGGCCCGAGUGCGCUCCCCCCCAGCCCCCGUCGGCUGGCUCAGGUGUCCUGGACAGCCCCGGAGACGUCUUCGGGUUCGGUCGGGUCAAGCGGGUCGUGGACUUCCCAGAGGUCCCGCGGGAGAUGAUCGAGCUGCGGUGGUCCGUCGUCGGUCGCUUCCCGUGGAGGCGCAAGGGGGAGAGUAUCGCCGUCUACGAGGCCAGGGCCACGUUGUACGGGUUUCGCCAUCUUCUUCGUUGGUCUCGGAACCUCGGGAAGCACGUGGUGGUCCUGGGGGACUCGCAGUCGACGGCCGGGGCGGUGACUCGGUUUCGGAGCGACAGCCGAAGCAUGAUGCGGGUCACCCAGGCGAUCGCGGCCCUCUCGCUCGCUACCGGUUCGGCCUUGCACUAUCGGUGGUUGUCCUCGGAGUGGAACGUCGCGGACUCUCCUUCCCGUGGCCUCUGGGCUCCAGCUGCUCCGAGCCCGCUCGAUUUCUCCAAACAUGCUCCCGCGGGCCAGACCCGCGCCGACCUCGACCGGCGCUCGGAUGGCGCCGCCGGCGGCGCCUGCGGCCUCGCUGGCCUCGCCGCUGGACAGACGGGGGGCCACCCGAGGGGCCAUGACGGCGAGCCUCUCUACCUCGUGGGGUGGCUGGGCGCGCUGUACCUGAACGGCGAGAACCUGGGGUCGGCCCAGUGGGGCUUCGCGGCGGUGACGUUCUUCACGGGCCUCCAGAAGUCCGCGGGGGCCCUCAUGCCCAGGAGCCGGAGGGCCCUCCAGGGGUUCAGGCGCUGCUGCCCUCCCCAGUCGCGGCUACCGCUGCCGCGCGAGGUAGUCGCCCUGAUCGCCAACGAGCUGGUCAGAUCGGGGAAGCUGCCCUGCGCGGUCGCGAUCAUCCUGAUCUUCGAGCUGUACCUUCGGCCAGGCGAGAUCUUCAAUGUGAGGGGGGUGGACCUCAUGCCCCCAGUGCCGGGCGUGGCAAGUGCCCCCUGUUGGGCCAUCACGCUGCGCGCGCGGGAGGUCGGGAGGUCGUCAAAGACGAACGAGUUCGACGAGUCCAUGCGCCUGGAUCUGGAGCGGCAUGCCCCUCUCGGCCCGGCGCUCAAGGCCCUCUGUCAGGGCCAAAGCCCGCGCUCGCCGAUCUUCGGCUUCGCCCUGAAGGACCUGGUGACGGCGGUGAGCGGCGUCGUGCGGAGCCUCAAGCUGGACGUGUACCUCGGCGACGUCCACCUGUGCCAGCUCAGGCACGGCGGCGCCUCGCACGACUCCGCCGGGGGCUUCAGGAGCCUGGAGGACGUGAGGCGCCGCGGGCGCCGGCGGUCGUGGGCUUCGGUCAGGCGCUACGAGAAGGGCAGCCGCAUCGGCCAGGUGCUACUCGAGCUGCCCGAGGACCUCCGCGCCCACGCGCUGUCCUGCGAGCGCUCGAUGGCCUCCAUCGUCCGCUUCUUCCUCGAGGUCUUCUCGGGGUCAGGCCGGCUCGGCCAAGCAGUCGCAAAAGAGGGCGUGAACGUUCUUCUCUGGGACGUGGAGCUGGGUGCCGACUACGAUCUGCGACUGGCUCGGAACCGCAGCCUCAUCAGAGGUUGGAUCCGCUCAGGCAACGUGAUCGGCGUCCACUUGGGAACGCCCUGCUCCUCGUUUUCGCGGGCUCGUGAUGUGCCCCCAGGCCCCCCUCCGUUAAGGUCAAACUCGUCACCCAUGGGCCUCGACGACCUGAGCCCCGCCGACGCCGACGAGGUUCGCGUCGGCAACCUGUUAAUGUUCUUCUCCGUUGCGGUGAUGCGGGAUACUAUGCUUUUGGGAAUACCAGCUACUCUGGAGAACCCCGCUCGGAGCCGCAUCUGGAUUUGCCCCGCCAUGCAGAGACUUCAGAAAUCGAGCAAGAUCAAUUUCACUGUCACCGAUUUCUGCAUGUGGGGUGCCCAGUGGAGAAAGUCGACAGGCUUCCUCAGCACGGGUCUGUGCAUGGACGCCCUCGCCGAAGUGUGCGUGCUCGGCUCCCGAAUGGUCUGGCCUCGCUCGCUCCGUUUCGCAGCGGUCGUCGACUCGUGCUACGCCGUCUGGUGCGUCACGGACCCGUCGGCCGACUGCACCAACAUCAACAACCAGGACAUGUCCGACGAGGUCGUGUCGAUCCAAGAGUUCACGGCGGCCAGCACCGCGACAGCGGCGACCGGCACCGCGACAGCGGCGGCCUCGGCUCCAGCGUCGCAGGCAGCCUACGACUGCUCCGUGGACUACCGAGACUGGACCGAGGACGAUGUGGGAGCCGGACAAGAAGGCGUGGUGCUGUCAGAAUGA